GGGAGCGCCUGCGAGUCGAGGGCUGGAGAGCGACCGCGGGGGCAAGCGCCGCGUGUCUGGGUCGCUGCGUGCAACAGAUCUUUUAGUACCUGUUGAAUUACUUCAGUCAAGAUGCCACCAGCAAUUGGAGGCCCAGUAGGAUACACUCCACCUGAAGGAGGAUGGGGUUGGGCUGUGGUUGUUGGUGCCUUUAUCUCUAUUGGUUUUUCAUAUGCAUUCCCCAAAUCCAUUACAGUAUUCUUUAAGGAGAUCGAAAUCAUCUUUGAAGCAUCAAGCAGCAAAGUUUCCUGGAUCUCCUCUAUUAUGUUGGCAGUUAUGUAUGCAGGAGGCCCAAUCAGCAGCAUCCUGGUGAACAAAUAUGGCAGCCGGCCAGUCAUGAUUGCAGGGGGCUGCCUGUCAGGGUGUGGUCUGAUUGCUGCCUCCUUCUGUAAUACUGUAGAAGAGUUGUACUUCUGUGUUGGUGUUGUGGGCGGUCUGGGACUUGCAUUUAAUUUAAACCCAGCCUUGACCAUGAUUGGCAAGUACUUCUAUAAGAAGCGUCCUUUGGCUAAUGGAUUGGCCAUGGCAGGUAGCCCUGUAUUCCUGUCUACGCUGGCUCCUCUGAACCAAUAUUUCUACAGCAUUUUUGGGUGGAGAGGGAGCUUUUUAAUUCUUGGAGGCCUCUUGUUGAACUGCUGCGUGGCUGGGUCGCUGAUGAGACCAAUAGGACCUAAGCCUGAUCAGCUGAAGAAAGAAAUUGAUAAGGAAGCAUUGCAGGAGGUUGGCAAAGUGACAAGAAAAGAAGCAGGAGAUGUCAAUACAGACCUUAUUGCUGGGAAAAAUAAAAAGCAGAAGACUACAGCCUUCCAAACUAUUAACAAAUUUUUGGACUUGUCCCUCUUCACACAUCGUGGCUUCUUGCUUUACCUGUUUGGCAAUGUGUUCAUGUUUUUUGGACUGUUUACACCAUUAGUUUUUCUCAGCAACUAUGGAAAGAGCAAGGAUUUCUCUAAAGAAUCUUCAGCUUUCCUGUUAUCUAUUCUGGCCUUUGUAGAUAUGUUUGCCAGACCAUCUAUGGGUUUGGUAGCAAACACCAAGUGGAUUAGGCCUAGAGUCCAGUAUUUUUUUGCUGUGUCUGUUAUCUACAAUGGAGUAUGCCAUCUUUUGGCUCCUUUAUCUACUACCUAUGCUGGCUUUUGUAUCUAUGCUGGCUUUUUUGGAUUUGCUUUUGGCUGGCUGAGCUCUGUCUUGUUUGAAACACUGAUGGACUUAGUUGGGGCUCAGCGAUUCUCCAGUGCUGUUGGUUUGGUGACUAUUGUGGAAUGUUGCCCAGUCCUUUUGGGACCUCCUCUUUUGGGUAAACUCAAUGAUGCAUAUGAUGACUACAAAUACACUUACUGGGCAUGUGGCAUCAUCCUUAUUUUCUCUGGGAUCUUCCUAUUUAUUGGAAUGGGCAUCAAUUACCGGCUGGUGGCAAAAGAGCAGAAGGCAGAGGAUAAGCAGAGUGCUGAAGGAAAAGAAGAAGAAACCAACAUUGAUGAAGCUGAAAAACAAAAGGAGUCCAAUGAAGUAGUUAAUCUACCUCCAAAAACCACAGGAGAUGAUAUAAAAGAAGACAGUCGUGUGUGAGAUUGGUCUUUUAAAUCUAGGAGGGUAUUGUAAUAAUUAAAAAUACUGACAUGUGUGGAGGAACUGCUGGUCUUAAUGAACAGUGGUGAGAAUUAUAUAAAUCAGGCUUUUUAAAAAUACAAAACCUGAAACUGCAGAUAGUAUUUUUAUCAGCACCUGACGAGUAACAUGUCAGUGGGCAGUGCUAGCAUUUUAGUAGGUUGGGGGUGGGGGGAGGAGGGAAAAAUGUAUACUCUGCUUCUUUUUUUUUUUUUUUUUACAGUAAUGUGAAUGUACUAAUAUGUGCCUUAGAGCUUCCACAUCUAGGCUAUUUUAGCAAAGCCUUAACACUGUUCUGUAAAUUGUUUUGGCUCCUUUUUUGGGGGGGGGUGUGUCUAUCAAGGCAAUAUUCAUAAAAGAUAUCUGACUUGCUUUAUUAGUAGGGUUUACAGUUAAGUGUUAAACAAAAACUACUUCAUAUGCUCCUAAAACUGCUUACUGCCAGUUUCAUGGUAGGUGUACAAAUAUCUUGGGCACAGAAAUGAAGAAAAGGUUGGCGGAUCUUUUUUUAAAAGAUAGUGUUGCAGACCUAAUGUAUUCGAAUACCGGAUUCAAGCUACCUUGGUUGUGAUUCUGAUAACUCUUAAAAACUUACCCAACUUGCUGUUGGGCUUGUUUGAAUAAAAUAUGUGAAUAUUUUCA